AUGUCUGAAAAGAAGGAUUGUUACAAGGAGAGUUUCUCUGCCCUUGAAGUGCCAGAUUUCAAGAAUGCUUUGAAACAGUUCCAGAAACUAGUUGAAAAAACAGUAACCCAGAAGACAAAGGAGAGAUUAGGCUUGUAUAUUGAAGAUGAUGAUGCAAUAGACUAUGAUAAGUUCUAUACAACCACACAGACACUUUUUGAUCCAGAAGUCAAGGAUCAUAAUGUUAAGGUCUUUUUCAGGAAGAUUAGCAACAACCUCGAUGUAAGGACAGAAUGAUAUUUUGGCUAUUUCACAGGAGAAAGUGAUGCCAUAUCUUACCAGCUGAAAGAAGAAAGCAUAGUUUUCCUUGUGUGUGAAAACCAGCAGAUUACUCAUGCAGUUGUCAAGAGACAAGAUGUGAUUAACGGUAUAAUGAAGGUGCCCCAUCUGGAUUUCACAAUAAUAUCCUCUCAGAAAGGAGUGAUAGCUAUUUUUAACAACCAGGAUACUACUUGGAUCACUGAAGGUCAUUUCCCACCUCAGCUGAAAUGAGUCAUGGAUGUAACUGAAAGGACAGUCAUCGUCUGGGAUUAUAAAUCAAUAGGGAGUCAGAUGCCAUCCUGUUGUAUUGAAGCUGUCUUUUCCAUAAGCGUUGUUAAUACAAACAAAAAUGUUGCUUACCUGAUUAACUGUUUUAUUAAUGAUUACAAACCUGUAAAGUAAUUUUCUGUCCCUAGAGAGGUCAAUGACUUCACAUACUGUGGAGAAGAAAAAGUCAUUGUCACUGGGGCUAAAUCAUAACUGUUUUGUUUGUGGCAUCCUGCUAUUAAUAGUAGGCCUACAGGGAAGCUAUCAGGACACAGUAGUGUCACGGAAAUUGUGACAAAUGAAAAAGAUCAUCCUGUCAUGAGCCUUUCCUCUGCAAAGGUUUUUAAAGUGUGGGAUGUACAGACCUUUUCACUCCUGCAGGUCUUCUAUGAUAAUCAAGGGAGUCCUGGAGAUAUGGAGGCCUUUGCCAUGGUAUUUCACAACAAUCACAGCACACUUAUCACUAGUUCAGCUGUCAUUGAUUCUUAUCUCCUAACUCAUAUGAUACAAGAUACCAGACAGACAUCACAGACACACGAGAAAAGCACGAAUGUUCUGAUUUACAACAGGGAUUUUCGCCAAGUUCUCACUAUCUGCUCUGAGUCAAUACUGAAGGGUAAUUCAGUUCAAACAUAUCUAUAUGUCACAUUGGUGCUUCCUGAAGCAGUGUUGUUUCCACGAAGGAAUCCAGUUGUGUCUCUGUCACUGACACCUGAGACCUUACAAACACAUGAUUUUUUUCCAGAUAUUCAGCUGCUGUCUAACACUAGUUCUCUGAGGAACGAUAUAGAGGUGAGAAACGCUUCAAAGUUCCACAUUGUUUACAGAAGGUGUAAAAUUAACGAAGACAGCCAAGCUUCAGUUCUUCAAGCAUCUGGAUGCAAUGACAUGUUAUUCCUUGUACACAGCACUUUCUUUUCCAGGAAAACUAGUUCCCCGUCCUCUACUACUGCUACUCCUAGGAGCGAUAUCAGUGCUAUUCCAGAGAACAAGAGCAGUUCUUUGAACCUACACAAGGAAAAUGUAAGAAAUGAUGAAAUUAAUACUCAAAUAACAACAGCAGAAGACACAAUUAAGUAUAAGAAUAUCCAAUACUUGUAGAUUAAUGUACAUUUAUCCAAAGCUGUAGUACAACACUCUCAGGCUUCUGCUCACAAAAAUGGCUGUAUUUGCCUAUGGAGUAUUCAGGGAAACCUAGUGGAAGAUCUUUUGCCAUUUUCAAAAUAUCCUUCAGUUCUGACAGCACUAUGUACAGACAUCUCCACUAAAAUGCUUUUGGCAGGCAGUAAGGAGGGACAUAUUAUGUGCUGGAGCAUUGACUCAUUCUUAGAAGAUCCACAAAAUAGUAAAAAUCAAAUACAGGAGGAUCUCUGCUGGAGGGCACACUUUAACGAAGUGGUUGACUUAUUUCAUGAAGAGGAGAAAAAUAUGGUAGUGACAGCAUCCAUUGAUAGUUCAGUCAGGCUCUGGCAUGCCAUGAAUGAGCACUAUCUUGGUUACUUCAGACAACCUAGGAAGUUUGAAUUAUCAGACAUCAGUUGGUUGAUUUCGUCUCGUGAUGUGAAUAACUUUCCUAUGAUAAUGGAAGAAGAAAGCAAGCAUACGGAAAAGAAGAAGUUUGAAUAUCCUUUAAUGCUGUGCAGGGACAAGUGGAAGUCACUGACCAGAUCACAUUCAGUUUUUAAAAAGCCUAAACACGUAGACAUAAUUCAAGACUUGAAGUUUUUCAAAGCUCUGGCUUCUCCAAAGGUAGUUAAUGUAUGUGACAAAUUUGUUUCUGUUCUUCGCAGCAUAUAG